AGAUACGGUAUUAACUUAUUACGUUUCACCAAAAUGGCGGACGAAGUUUUGUUCGAAUUAUUUCACUCGGAAAUUGUCGCAUUUCUUUACAGGACAACAGACAAGGAAGACCAGGAUCAGUGUAUAGCAAAACUUGAGUCACUAGGGUUUCGAGUUGGUCAAAGUUUAGUAGAAAGAUUUACAAAAGACUGUUCCAGGUUUAAAGAUGACCUUGAUAUAAUGAAAUUUAUUUGCAAAGAUUUCUGGAACUCUGUCUUCAAGAAACAAGUGGAUAACCUGAGGACUAAUCACCAGGGUGUGUAUGUGCUACAAGACAACAGGUUUAGAUUCCUUACACAAAUUUCAAAUGGUAAACAGUUUAUGGAUGCUGCUCCAAAGUAUUUAGCAAUGGCAUGCGGUAUAAUACGAGGAUCCCUGGCUAACAUUGGUAUAAACUCUGUGGUAACAGCUGAAGUUAGUGCUAUGCCUGCUUGUAAAUUCCAAAUACAGUUACAAAGGACUUGACAGACUGGUGUGCAGGUUUCCGAAAGUAUCUGUGAUUAUUAAGUUGAUUGUGCAUUGUUGUCACCAUAAUAAUUGUGCAUUAAUGUCACUAUAAUGAUAAUAAAGUUUCUUGUGAAGCUGGUACAACAGAGUUGGUGGAGUGGGACUGAUUAAAGUGCAAUAUUUCUACUUAACAUGGUUUUGUAUAUUUUGUGACUUCUAUUAACUUAGACAUACAAUAAUUGGAAAAAUGUUAAGAAUUAUUCAGAUGUUUUUGAAUUGUGUAGAUAAGUAUCAAGUCAAAAUACCAAGAAUCAAUGAUAUGGGAUAACUUCUAUUGUACUAAACAUAAUAAAUUAUGAGCCGUGCCAUGAGAAAACCAACAUAGUGGGUUUGCGACCAGCAUGGAUCCAGACCAGCCUGCGCAUCUGUGCAGUCUGGUCAGGAUCCAUGCUGUUCGCUUUCAAAGUCUAUUGCAAUUAGAGAAGCUGUUAGCGAACAGCAUGGGUCCUGACCAGACUGCGCGGAUGCGCAGGCUGGUCUGGAUCCAUGCUGGUCGCAAAGCCACUAUGUUGGUUUUCUCAUGGCGCGGCUCAUAUUUUUUUCUUUCACUUCUACUUUAGUUAUAUAGCAAUGCAUUUACUGUUUCAUAUUUUUGUCUCUAAUUGUAUUUGUAUUUAUGUUUUGAAUGCAGCAGCUGUCUGGUGUGGAUAUGAUUUUUUCAUACCAGACAAGAUUUCCCUGUGUUAUCUCCGGUAUUGGAAAAAAACUCGUCUUUCACACCGGCUUUAAGAUGACUCCCAUGCUGUAAUUUAAGAACAAAUGCACUGAUUCACAUGCUGUUAAAAUAAAAAAAAAAGUGCUUAAAAGAACAGCAUUAAGUUUAUUUUAUUUCUCGAGUGAUUUGAAGAAUAUGGUGUGCAAGAAAAAAAGUCUGUCACCUUGUAGAAGGUGUGGAUGGAAAAAUCGGGCUUAGGUAAUUAUUUUUGUGGCAACUCGGCUUAGCCUCGUUACUGCCUAAACUGUUACCCUCAAGUCAGAUAUUUCAAUCUGUACCUUCAAUCAAUGAAAGAUUCUUAUUCUUGCUUGUCAAAGUUUAAGAUAUGUUAUGUUAUUAUUUAUGUGUAUUAACUGUGUUUAUCAGUGAAGAAAAAUGAUAGAACUAAA